GACCUGAUAGACAUGAAUACUGUUGCUGUUCAAAGCAACCUUGCAAAUUUAGAGCACGCUUUUUAUGUAGCAGAAAAAAUUGGCGUUAACAGACUCCUGGAUCCUGAAGACGUUGAUGUUUCCUCUCCUGAUGAAAAAUCCGUAAUAACGUAUGUGUCAUCUCUCUAUGAUGCGUUUCCCAAAGUCCCUGAAGGUGGUGAAGGCAUCAGUGCAAAUGAUGUUGAAGUCAAAUGGAUUGAAUACCAGAAUAUGGUGAACUACCUCAUCCAGUGGAUUCGACACCAUGUGACCACAAUGUCUGAGAGAGCAUUUCCCAAUAAUCCCGUAGAACUGAAGGCACUUUACAAUCAGUAUUUACAGUUUAAAGAAACAGAAAUUCCUCCAAAGGAGACAGAAAAAUCAAAAAUCAAACGCCUAUAUAAAUUAUUAGAGAUUUGGAUAGAAUUUGGACGCAUCAAACUCCUUCAAGCCUUUUCCGUUUCCCUGGCGAUUUGGAUAGAAUUUGGACGCAUCAAACUCCUUCAAGGUUAUCAUCCAAAUGACAUAGAAAAAGAGUGGGGGAAGCUCAUCAUUGCCAUGCUCGAGAGGGAGAAGGCGCUGCGUCCAGAAGUAGAAAGUUUUGGCUGUGACCCUCUUUCUGUGGGGCCAUGGAAACCAGAAUAUGGACUGCCUCCAUUUACAGGGCAGUGA